UUGUGGUUAUAGUCGAAUAGGCCACCAUUCUUUGGAAUAUUCUCCCUGUAAUACAUCUGACUGUGGUGUGCUUCUGAUAUCCCUAAUAUACCUCUUCAUCCAGACCUUCAGGGUUAACACGUGUUUGCUUACAUUGGGUAAACAGAAUUUUUACACAGCAAGCCUUUUCUCUUCCUUGAAGCCCAAACUAGUUGAUAUAAAUGGAAGGCUUCGUUUUGAAGUACACCGUUGUUAGGGACACCGAUCAUUCAGAUUGUUUAUUGUUUUAAAACUAUUGAUGUUUUCACUACUGGCAAAGGAGUUAACAAACGGAUCAAGGUUCAGUGAAUUCUCAGUAAUGAUUCAGUAAGGUCGGAAAAGGUCUCUUUCAAGCUGAAAAAAUGAACUGCCUAUUAAGCUACAAAACUUCAGCAAAUAAAAUCCAAUCAUUAACUCGGGUCCAUUGCAGCCGUUUUCUUUGUUAUAAGGGGAGCAUGAAAAAAACAGCCUCUCUAGGAAGUCAUAAAGGGAGUUAAAUACUCUCUCAAUUUAAUAAAGCUGGAGGGCAAGGCGUACUGUUUGCCAUGGGUUUGUCACAAGCUAUAGAAUUACAGCCAGACCCAUGCAGAAGGCUGCCUGUUGACUCUGAUUUUUUUAGAGCUCUCCAACAGGCACAUUUGACUUCAAAAUGGGCAGGAAAGGGGGGGAAAUGCCUCUGAUUGUAUAUUUCUUUCAGUCCUCUGGAGGAGUCUGACUAGUGAUGUGAAAGUAAAAGCGAUCAGGGGAGAAAUUGUUUUAAACACAUUCUGAGAGGGCAGCUGAAAUCAGACUGUCAAACCAGUGAACUUCAUAGAAAUGGUUGGAAGGCUUUGCUACGAUUUUCAAAGGCAGGAGAAAAGUUCUAUUGCUUGAAUCAUGGACCCCACAAUCAGAUGUGCUUCAUCCCAAACCUACUUGUGUUCCAAAACAGAGGAGAAGAAACAGAAGCCUACUUUUUAACCCAGAUCUUGCCACUCCAGUGAAUGAAGUUCAGAGGAGAACAUCAAAGAAGUAUGAAGCCUGCAGGUACCAGCACAGAGAUUUCCUUGUUCAGCAAUAUCCUAUCAGCAUAUUCCUUUAUCACAGAAAACCCUGAACGAGCUGCCCUCUGUUUUGUGUCUGGGAUUUGCAUUGGACUUCUCUUGACCUUGUUGGCUUUAGUUGUCCAAAUCUCCUGUCAAACUGAUUGCAAACAGUCAUCAACCCAAAGGCCAUCAUGCAACAGUGAUGGUAGCUGGAGUGACAGUGACUCAGAUACCUCCUCAGACCUGUCUGUGCGACGGCAACGUCGAUUUGAGCGGACUUUGAACAUGAAUGUCUUUACUUCGGCUGAGGAGCUUGAGAGAGCGCAACGGCUGGAGGAAAGGGAGCGCAUCAUCCGAGAGAUAUGGAUGAAUGGUCAGCCAGAUAUUCCAGGAACCAGGAGUCUCAAUCGCUACUAUUGAUGGCGACAAAUAGAACUGAACUCAUGGGGUCUCUUAAGUCUGCUGGGAAGAGGACUGAAGUCCUACUCUAGAAAGGCAAUAUUUUUACUUUACCCUUUCAGUCUAAGGACAACCUUUUUCAAUAUUUUGUUCAGGUUGCAAAGUUGGGGGAGGGGGAGGGGGAGGGUUUGUUUUUUCUCAAUGCUUUUGGUUGCUACAAAUUGGAAAAGCUGAUGAGUGAUACAUAAAAAUUCACACAAAUAUUCUCUCCUCUUCUCCUUCCAACUAACUAUUCUAAAGAUAGUAUUUUUAGCUGCCUCUUCUUUAGAUUUCACUUUCAAAUUUGGUCCCCAAAAUGACCUCAGGAAACAACAUUACUAAACUCCCUACUCUACUUGAUGUUACUGUUAAAAAUGAAUGGGAAACUGGCAUGCUGCAAAGCAAAACAGGAAUCUCCCACAUUUGCCAGAUAACUUAUUUCCAAUAAGGUCUGGGGUCCUCCUACCCCUCCUCCUACCCAGAGGGGUUCUUUGAAGAUAAAAUGGUGAGUGAUUGCAGUUGGUGCUUUGUCUUCUUUGUGAUUGGCCACAUUCACCAUGGCAGGACAGCCAUUUCCUAAGAAUGUCUAUCUCUUCUAAAUUUCAAAUGUUUAGCCAUUGGGACAAAAAGGUUGAGAACCAUUGUUCCACCAGAUCACUUUUUCCUGCUGCUGUUGUAACAGGAAUAAGAGUUCUGCUCCUCCAGUGCAGCUGAUGCCUUCUGAUCAAAUGAAGGAGUGGGGUAUGUCCCUCUCAGCUGUGCUCUAUAAAUCUUCCUCACCCUGCAGAUUUGCUGAAAUUAAGCUAUCCAUCUCCUUAAUUCUGACAAUCACAGUCCUCCCCUGGUUAACCACCAUCUUCACCAACUAUUUUUCUUGAAUUUUUAUUGGAAAUAAAGGGAUAUACUGUACAAGAUGAAAGGCUCUAUAUUUGAUGAAAGGCUCACUUUAUAUUUUAGAAAAUGUGAGAUUUAUGGUUGGAAUCUUUCUCCAGGCACAUGUCUAAAAUAUGAAUUUUAAACUGCUUAAAGUUUUAAUAAUAAAAAACCUGCUAGAUAGUAUGACUGCCCUGCCCCUUACCAACCAGAAAAGCAGAUCUAAAAUAAAAUAUACAGUUUCUGAGGUCUGUGGGAAGUUAUGGACAAAGAACAUAAAAAACCUGGAGCAAUCACUGGCAGCACUUUUCCAUAGUUCAGGAGAAAGAAAAUUGGGGUAAUGCUUGUAGGCAUUCAUACUUGCCCAUAAGCUGUAAUUAACAAAGCAUCCAAGUGUGCCUUAAUAGAAGACAAUAUCUGAUAAAAGAGAUAUAGAAGCAGAAAGGUGAACAAGUAUCUCAUGACUUUGAAAAGUCAUGGCAUUGACCUAAUUUUUCUUUCUUUCCCACAGAUGCUUCAAAACUGGGCAUUUCCACAUUAUGAAAUCAGCUUGCUAGUUGCACAUUCACAAUAAUACAUUGUGUUAUUUAAGACUGUGUUUUAAAUCUUGCUUCAGUGGCAGCAUUUCCCCCCCUGACAACUCUGGGAUGUAAAAUUCUCCUCUCAACUCAAGUUCCCACAUUCCCGCCACCCCCACCCCCCACCUUGCUAUUAUUUUCUAUUGAGUCUUCUUCCAAUCAGGAAUUUUAUAUUAUAGGAAUUGUGUAAGUUUCAAAUACAUUGUUAACAACCUCAAAACGAUUGUCAGGAUUUUAUGAGUUCCCAUAUGUGUGUAUAUAUGCCAUUUGAAAGUACUGAUUAAAAUUGUUUUCUUAUAA